AUGGCCGAAGCUGCACUCGCUGACUGGUCGGCGGUUAAUCCCCAGCGCUCUGGAGGUUUAUUUGGUCAUGUUAAUUAUGCCCGUAACCCCGACGUGGAGGCCAUUUGGAGUAAGAUCAUCAAAGCCCUGGGAUAUUCAGAUGAUUUGGAUCAGUUCAUCUUUGUGGCUUCAGAAACGGAGCAUCCUAUUUUCAAAAGCGCACACCAAAGAGCAACCAGUGAACCGAACGGUGCCAUCAACUUCACUUUCGGCGAAUUUUUCAAACGCUCCGACAAUCUGGACCAAGUAUUCGGACUGGCCCAGAGAACUGUGGUCAUGCUUUCUGUUGACCGAAACAUGUCCGCGGAUUAUGCCAUGGCGUUGAUUGCUGCGACAUCCUGGGCAACCAAGACCAUUGGGGGGACAAAACGGGUCCUGACAGUAUCUUGCUUAAGCAGGGACCCUCGAAUGACACGGCUUGUGAAGUAUUUUGGUCACCCUACAGUGCAAGACUUCAACUUUGACGAUCAUCUGCCAGAGUCACCACCUCGCAGUGUGUCUCUGGGCAACGCGAGCAAUAUCGCCCCAACACAAGCGACAUCAAAACUUGUAGGAAAUGUCAGAGCACUCGAUGGCCGACAGAUCAUAGUCUUGGUCUCCGACGCCCUGCCUCUCGAGACAAAGGAUCUCGAUGAUGAAGAAACUGGAGUGAGAUGGGUAGAGAGGGCCAUUGAUUUCAAAUUGAGGGCGUUCGAUGAAGCUUUCAUCAAAGAAUGCUUAACCAACCCGAGGCGGCAAAACGUCUUGAUGAGGGUGCCAUUGGAGUUCACGCCUCACAGAGGUCUUUCGGGCUUCGACCACAUUCAUCUCGUGGUAAAGUCCACCUACAGACAGCUACAACUCGACUCAGCUGUUGGUCAGAUGGUCAAGGUGCCUCUGAAAGUCAGCAAAGAAGUCAGGUUAGAUCAGGUAGACUGGUACCUGCGCCGCGUCGAAGAGCCCUCUACGGUUACGGUUUAUCUUGACGAAGCCGUAUCAGUAGAAGCAUGGGUCAAUGAUGGACCUGAAAACCGCCGGCUUUUGAUUGAGAACUCUCAACUUGGUGGCUUCUUGUCUGCUGUGGCCUCAAUUAGCUGGGUGGAGGAUCCCCACAAGCUUGCCCGAUGCUUUGUGUCCGACGCCCUGAUGACUGAAUUCGCCUCAAUGUCAAACCGGCUCCAAGCCCAGAACAUCUUGCUGAACAGCGAACUCCGAAUUAACCUUCCCACAAGAGAGAUGAGCAUGUUUGUGUCUGCCCUUCCCAUUGUCCAGUACGACCAUCGACUGGCCUUACUCGUUGCGCAGUGGUCAAACAGUCCGCUUGUUAACGAGACCAAGUUGGAACUGGCGGCUAUGAUGACUUUGGAUCUGCUUGAAUUGUUCAAGCUGCCUGAGGGACAAACGGUGCAGCUCAACGAUCUUGUCAAGGUUUGCGGCGGCUCAGCUAUUCGUCUUGUCCAGCAAGGCGUUAUCUGGCUGGCGCUUGGAAUGCUUAAAGACUGUCAGUACAUGACUGGACAAUUUGGAGGUGCCAAUCCGAAUAGCCUCCAUGAGUACCAUCAGAUUGGAGAUACUGCGUUACGCAUCUGCAUUCCACUCUGUCAAAGGUUCAUCGAGGUUUGGAGACAGUUAAGGCACGCUAUGACAAAGGCUGGAUAUCCCCUGGCUACUGAUGCUGAAACUCUUUACAAGCAGCUGAGUAAAGCUGAAUGCUACGAAAUUCAGUCACACCUCCUUCUUGCCUACAUCUCUCAACUGAGUUUGGGUGGAAAGGCCAGGGACGGACUCCGGUGGAAAGACGUGACGACCAAACGUACCAUCAACGGCGAAGCUGGUUGGACACGAGGCCUGUUCUCCGCUACCGGCAUUCUCGAAGCAGAACCAGACAGCAACGAGUGCCUCUUUGCCAUAUAUCAUCAAUUGGCCCGAAACGGGUCCACCGUCAACUUCCUCGACUGGACUUACAUUCCAACGGAUAUUGUUGAAGAAUGGCAUCACGAGAACUGCCAGGGUCAAGAACUGACCAGUGUUCUCGACGUGGUCGCAGGGCCCUGUCCCAAUAUUGAUGAUGUGUCCCAGGAGUGGGAAGAUGAAGAUUUUUAG